UGUCCUAUCAGAGUGACGUUUGAGCAUGCGCCGGAAGUGUAGAGGAGUAAUCGCUCGGCAUGACUUUCCAGCAGCAAUAGCAGGCCUCGAGUCGAUCCGAGCAAAUGUCGUUUUAUGGGUUAUAGUGGUAUGUUUAUCUCCUGACAGGAUCUGCCGCUGGAUGGACAAACGGAAAUCAUGGAGAGAUAACCGGGAUAGACUUGAAGGCGUGCGUGUGACUGAUCGUGUCUUGAUCUGUGGCCAUGAUGCAGCAGAAGCGCAACAUUCAGAUCAUCGAGUGGGAGGAUCUGGACAAGAGGAAGUUUUAUUCAUUGGGUGUUUUUAUGACCAUGACCACACGGGCGGCGGUCUACCCGUUCACCCUGAUCCGCACCAGACUUCAAGUCCAGAAGGGAAAAUCGCUCUAUAACGGGACAUUCGAUGCUUUCUUCAAGAUUCUGAAGGGCGAGGGGGUGAGCGGCCUCUACCGAGGCUUCAUGGUCAACACGUUCACCCUGAUCUCAGGUCAGGCAUACAUCACCACCUACGAGUUGGUGAGAAAGUACGUUUCCUGUUACUCGUCCAAUAACACGGUGAAGUCUCUGGUGGCGGGUGGAUCCGCCUCGCUGGUUGCCCAGAGCAUCACAGUACCCAUCGAUGUGGUCUCCCAGCAGCUGAUGGUGCAGGGUCAAGGGUCUCACCUCACACGCUUCAAGCUUAAGAUGGCGAUGGCCACAUCCAAACAAAAGUUUACAUUCGGACAUACCAGAGACAUUGUGGUUCAGAUUUUUCACGCGGAUGGAUUAAGAGGUUUUUAUCGAGGCUAUGUGGCGUCGUUGCUCACCUACAUACCCAACAGUGCUGUCUGGUGGCCUUUUUAUCAUUUAUAUGCAGAGACGCUCUCCACACUUGCCCCAUCUGACUGUCCACACCUGAUCCUGCAGGCCAUAGCCGGACCAAUGGCUGCAGCUACUGCCUCUACACUAACCAAUCCUAUGGAUGUGGUCAGAGCCAGAGUCCAGGUCGAAGGUCGCUCGUCUGUGAUUGAAACGUUCAAGCAGCUGAUAGCCGAAGAGGGCGCUUGGGGUCUCACCAAGGGUCUAUCUGCUCGCAUCAUUUCCUCCACACCCACCUCCAUCAUGAUCGUCAUCGGUUAUGAGACGUUAAAGAGACUCAGCCUACGGCCUGAACUGGUGCACAGAAGACACUGGUGAUGAUAAAGAUGGACCACCUAAACCACGUGUUGGAUUUCCAUACCUCAGCCCUGUUUUAUGGGCCUCUCUUACCCUUUUCAACGGAUGCCUUUGACAUUUUGAUGAGGACCAGGCAAUAACUGAAGGACUCAAAUGUGAAACUGUGUUACUCUUGUUGAGUAUUUUAUUUUAUUACCUUUGUGUGACCCAAACUAGUAUUUUGCAAUGAAACAACAUGGAACUCUGUGUCAUUCAUCCUUUUCACCUGUUGUUGUUUAUUGGAUUUCAGCAUUUAUAAUAUGGUGGUCGCAAGUAUUAAAACAUUCAAGGUUUCCACAAAUAUGGAAAACUUUGAAUUAUCAGGGAAUUUUAAUAUUGAGAUUUCCAUUUCCAGAAACAUCAUGGACAUUUUUAUAGAUAUUUAUUAUAGUUCUGAAGCAUUUGUUCAGAUAUUUCAUCAGCUAGAAAUUGGUCUUUGUGAGUCCAGUCUGUAAUACAACAAACAUAAAUAAACAGGCAAGUUAUUUAAAUUCAUUAGUAAAGGUUUGAGUUGUUCAGACUAACAAAAACUUAUUUUGUUUGAGGCCUUGUAUUUUACUUUGAGAGAAAAUGGUUUGGGGCCAAAGGUUUUAUGUAAUCAAUUUAAUUCUGAUAACUGCUGUGAUCGAUGUUUUUGUGUAAAAUGUGCUUCGAGUCUCGAUGUCGAGUGCAUUAAAUGAACUACACAAGAACGAAGCUGUUUGGGAUUGUUUAUUUAUUUGUAUACUUCAUAAAUAACUGCUCCAAAAUGAAUCAUAAUUCAUUAUUUUUAAUAAUUCAUUUGGUAAAAUAAUGACAGAAUAUUACGUUUAAUGUCGAUUUUCAGUUCUUUGUCCCUAAAACAUAUUUCUAUUUGUAUUAAAAGUGAUUAAUUGAAAACUA